GGCUGGGCAAUCCUCUCACGCUCCCGCUCACGGCCCACAGAAGGCGAUCAAGGGGAGCCCGGGGCCACGGAGUUGCUCGCGCUCCCGCGGAGCCCUGGAGCCUGGCACCUGCACAGGCUGCUUGCCGCCCGAUUCUUUCUCCUCCCUGGGGUGGUACUGAGGAAUUCUCAUUUUCUCCACAGCUCUGGCCACACUGCUGGGUCUCAGGAAGGAUCAUGGCAAAGACAGCAACCACCACGUGUUAUCUUAUCCUUCUUCUGCUGAAUUCUUUGGGGACCGAGCUGUCAACUGGUACAGACUCUCUAAGUUGCAACUUCAUUGUCAAGUAUCGAAGCUCACCUGGACAGUGCUCAGUGAACGGAAAGCCUCUCCUUCAUUUUGAGGAUGGAAAAGAGGAGGGAAAUGCCCCCGAGGUGUGUGCUGAUUUGCCCCAAAGCCUGAAGGACAUUUUUGAUGAGAUGACAAACCUGGAGUCAGGGCUAUUUAAGUCCAAGGGUAAUCACACUUUGCAUGUCAAAAUAAAAUCUCAAUAUAAUCAAGGAGAUUUCAUUGAUGGGCUCUGGGCCUUCAGCACUGAUGGACAGCACUCCUUCUACUUUUAUCCUACAAACAUGACCUGGACUGUGAGUCAUGCUGAUGCCAUCAGGACCAUGAGGCAUUGGGAGAAUGACAGGGAACUAGUCCAGAGUCUCAGGACACUCUCCGGGGCAGAUUUCAGUCACUGCCUUAUGACAUACUCCAGAGAAAUGCCAGGAUCAACAAUAAAGGUGCUGAAUACCACCCAGCCUACAUAUACCACCCAGAAACAACCUUCAACAAAUAACAACCAACACACAUCUGACUCCCAGGGUCUGAGUAUCACCCGCAUAGUGAUUCUAUGUAUAGCAGUACCAUCCCCAUUCAUCACACUCACUUUUGCAUUCAGUAUCAAGAGCUGAAGACAAAGAAAGGUGCUCCCUGCUGCUCCUCUUCCUCUGUAGUCUGAUCUGCAGUCCUCAUCAAAAGCUGUGUUGGGUGAUUCUUGGACACAUGUGCAUCUUCAGGGAAGGAAGGAAACGUAUUUCUGGUGGCAUCUCUGAAAUCUACUCUGUUGACUUCAGACCAGGCUGGUGGGAACCCAUGAGACUGAUGGGUGUCAGAGCCUCACACCCCAGGGCAUCAGAGUGCACUAGGCUGUUUGUGCCAUUUUCUUUCUUAUCCUUAGGUGGUAGUGUUGUGGAGACUAAGCCGGGCCAAGCUCUGAAUUAUUCAUCACUGUACAAAACAGGGCCUUGUCAUGGGUGACUUCACCUCACAAGGAGAAGUUGACUGCCUUCUGAGUGUAAAGCAGAGGCUGGGUGACAUGACACUUCACUUUUCCCACAGACACGUGCUGGCCCAGGACCAUCUAUGAUGCAACGUCUGGUAAUUAACUUAAUCCUAAAGGUAAAAAUAUGUCACCUAUUCAUUUAUCAAAGUAUGUUGAAAGCAGUGAACACAUGUGCAUCUCAGAUCAUCUCAGAGAAGCAGGUCUGAGGAUUUAUCUCAUCCCCACUUGGACCACUAAAGAGGUGAAGUCCCCUGCCAUGGUUAUGGCCCCUACAAACUUGCCAUCUGGCUAUUUGUGUGGUCAGGAGCCUGCUCGCAGAAAACUGAAAAUCUUCAGGCUUCAGCUCCAUCCACACUGCUAAUGCCUCCUGUUUGAAUCACUGGCUGACAGUUCAUCUGCUGCUCCAUGCUAAUGUGGGUCUGCACCUCACCUGCUGGAUCCUGGGGUCCUGCACCUCUCCUCUGCAGUUCACUCAGUCCUGAGGCCUGGUGCAGCCCUGCAGCCCUGCAGCUCUCCACUGCCUUCCUUAGCAGCUCUCUAACCACCUGCAUGGAACCUGUCUGUGGGACUAGGAUCCUCUGUCUCCACCUCCAGUCUGGUCUCCGUGAACUCUAAUGGCAACUCAUUCACUCUUUAAUGCCAUUUUGCAAUUUAAGUACAUAAGAUAACUGUGUGGUGUACAAUGUGUGAUCUGAGAGUUUAUCUAGUAUUUAAGACUGGAGUAACAUGGCAAGGUGUUGGCCAGUUGUCAGAGGUAAUCAGGACAAUGUGGCAAUUACAGCAGUGAAUUGGAUGGAGCUGGUAAAUGAAGACAUACUUGUGAGCACCUCUUUUUCUGGCAUAGCUCACUCACUCAGGAUUUCGCUCACAGUAUUAUAACCAUCCAGCGAAUAAACAGGCCAUUGGCAAAGAAAUUGGAAAUACACCAUUUUUGUUCAAACAAAUACAAUGUCUAAUGAUAGAAAGAAAAUUCAGCAUCCCUACCAAACCCUCACCUCGGUUUAGGACCGAGUGAGCUGCAGAGGUGAGGUGCAGGACCCCAGGAUCUCUGGUCAACAGAAUCUAAGCUUGCUGUGCUGACCCAACGCCUGCCGCACCCCACAGUGUAACCUCACACUGUUCAGGGUGAGAUCUGACAAAGGUGUUAGGAACAGGGGAGCCUUCCAUCAGGCUCUCAGGGAGAGUGGGUUAGGAAAAUUAAGUCAUAAAGCAGGAAAAGUGAGCAAACCUCAGAUCACACAUCAUUUAUAUAUAUGAUAACUAUAUUAUUAUAGUAUACUAUGAAUUAUUGUGUGUGAAAGGAAACUAAGACAAUUGGUAGCUUGGUAAGAAACAUGAGUAACAGACUAAGAAAAGGUAAAUCCUGAGUGUUGCCUCUAGGGACCCACAGCACCACAGAUGAUGCUAACAGGCUUAGACUUGAUGGCUCUGAUUUUCUGGGAACUACAAGGGGCCUGGCCUGGGCAUAGAAAUGUUACAUUCAGUGGCCGAAAAGGAUAUGGACAUUUCAGUGAGGAACAAGGUACAAGGAGCCAACUCAGCCAUAGUGCUUGCCCCUCACAAGCUUGAGGACCUGAGUUCCCUCCUCAGAACCCAUGCACACUGUGGGGGCACAAGCUUGCAAUGCAGUGCAGGGCAGA